AACGCUUCCUGGUCUCGGUUUUCGCCUUCAAUAAAGAUGGUGCUUGUGGUACAGGUUCCCUGACAGUCUGGAUCCCGGUUGCAGUUUUAUUUAUCUAUUUUUUUUAAGAUACGUGUUCGCAGACGGGGAAAUGGAGGCUAGAGACAAGCAAGUGCUUCGCUCCCUUCGCCUGGAGCUGGGUGCAGAGGUUCUGGUGGAGGGACUGGUUCUUCAGUAUCUUUACCAGGAAGGGGUCUUGACGGAAAACCAUGUUCAAGAAAUCAAAGCUCAAACCACAGGCCUCCGGAAAACAAUGCUGCUGCUGGAUAUCCUACCUUCCAGAGGUCCUAAAGCGUUUGAUGCAUUCCUCGAUUCCCUGCAGGAAUUUCCCUGGGUCAGGGAGAAGCUGGAGAAGGCAAGAGAAGAAGCCAUAACUGAGCUGCCUGCAGGUAACCAGGUAACUGGAAUCCCUCCACACAUCCUCAACAGCUCCCCAUCAGACCGGCAGAUUAACCAGCUGGCCCAGAGGCUGGGCCCUGAGUGGGAGCCCAUGGUGCUGUCUCUGGGACUGUCCCAGACGGAUAUCUACCGCUGUAAGGCCAACCACCCCCACAACGUGCAGUCACAGAUGGUGGAGGCCUUCGUCCGCUGGAGGCAGCGCUACGGGAAGCAGGCCACCUUCCAGAGCUUGCUAAGGGGCCUCCAGGCUGUGGAGGGGGACCUCUCAGUACUCCAGCACAUGCUGGAAUGAUGGUGCCUCCAUCAACCCUCUGGGAAGUGUGUCCCCAAGUCACGUGCCCUGGGCAGGUAGUCUUUUUUUUGUGUGUGUGUGUAUGUGAUUUCUUUUUAAUGAUCCUUAGAUGAAAGGAGAAAAUAGGAUUUCCACAUUACCUAAAAGGCUGGAUUGCUCAGAUCUUCAGAUCUCCCACACUGGCAUGACAAUUCAUUGUUUUUAAUUGCUCAAAGACUGCAUUGUCUUAAUUGUUCAGGUUUUAAUUCUGUGGUUACCUUUUAAUAGACUGGCAAAACAUAGUGGCUACAAAGCUAUGCUGUGUUAUCACAUUACAUGCAGGUGUCCUUCCUAUACAUAGAUCAUCUGCUUUUGCGUUGCCUGGGAACUGAACUGUGGACUUUGCUGUUUAUAAUGAUGAUGAUAAUAAAAAGUGAAUUACUAUAUAUAAUGUGGCCCUUUCAUGAGAAAGUGUUGUUUGUUUUUUCCUCGUUCUUGUAUUGCAUAGAUUAAGAGUGUAAAUUUACAGAAGUUGUUUCUUUGGAACAGAAUCGAUAGCAACAGGAAAAUGGCUACUUUCUUCAUUCAAGAUAAAUAGCUCUGGCAGGGUGUCUGCAUUAAAUUUAAGUCACUAAAGCCUCCUGCAAAGACCAGUUCAAGUACCAGCAUGUAUGCCUGAGCCCUUCAUCUUUAAAAGAUUGCUUAAGAAAAUCCUGUACCAUUUAUUUAAAGGAUUUAGUCCAGGGACAGAAGGAGGUGUAGUCUUUCCACUGAAGCCCUGAUGAUUGAAGUGUUAUGCUCUGAAGGAGUAUGAUUUAGACUUCUGUCCUUUUACUAAAAACAUGUUGUCAAAUGCUUUACUGUUUCAAGGCUUUUCAUAUAUGGGAUCUCAUUUGGACCUCACAAAGAUCCUAUGAAGUAGUUGGGCAAGAGAGGUGAGCCGCCCUCUGCAGGGAGAUUAAGUGAUUAGCCUGGUGACUGAGCUAGAAUGUGUGCUUUGGAGCACUGUUCCCGUGUGUCCUUUGCAAUCCUUUGCAACUACUCACGCGGCUUCUCCUCUCUCGUUCAUGCUCACUGAGGAAACCGAGUCCUGCUCUCUGCCGGCUAGCAGCAUCGCCUGGGAUAAGUUACUUCACUUCUCUCAGCCUCUCAGUUUCCUCCUUUGUGAAAUGAGGAAAUGAUUGUCCCCACCUCCAAGAUGUUUGGGAUGAUAAAAGGAAUAUAGCUGCCUGGUCCAUAGUCACCUCUUGGGAACCUGCUGCUGUGGCUGACCCUGGGUGCGGUUCACAGACAAAGCUGCAUGGUGGCUAAAGCUGGGCCACUAUAGGAAGUGCCACCCCUGCUUCUUGCUAAGCUUUAAAAUGUGAUGUGAUUUUAUUAACUCUACAAUGGGUCCGAUCAAGAGAGGCACAGGUGAACAUCCCAGUUUGUGGUCUGAGCUUCUCAAUAAUCAGAGAAUCUAUUGCUUAAUCCUAAUCUAACUCAGGAUGUUUCAAAGGGAAACAAUUAUACUUUUUAUGUCUCUCCAUUCUGAGUUCAAAGUGCAUAGAGUAGUAGACUUGAACAUGAAGUGGAUGCUCAAAAUGAUGACAGUGGCGUGUUGAUAACAUCCUUUUGGAUGUCUGGCAACCAAAUUCUCUUUACUAAAGCAGGUCAGUUAUUUCAUAGUUCAACAGUUUAGAAGAAUGGUCUACUGGUUUAAUUAGCUCUAAUUUUCCAUUUUGUAGCCUAGCCAUUAAUUCAUUAUCUUGUAAAAAUUCUCAUACGUUUGGCCCCAUCACUGCAUCCAGUGAUAGACUGUACUUCUAUGGUAUCUUCAAUA